AUGCCUGACCAGGAGGCACAUUGCAACCGACACGAGGAUGAAGCAUUCGACGACACACCGGAAAGCGAAGUCGACCGAUUGAACCCACCGCCAGACUCUUACUCAAUCACACCCUUCACCGAUCGAUGCUCGAUUCUUCUACACGCGGGUAACGGAGGCCACGGCUGUAUCAGUUUCUUGCGCGAAAAGUACAUUGAAAACGGCCCUGCCAAUGGCGGUGAUGGCGGAACGGGAGGAAACAUCUACAUCCAGGCUGUCCAAGGAGAAACGUCACUACACAAGCUUGCGCGACGAGGAAUCUUGAAAGCUGGCCGCGGAAAGAAUGGACAAGGAAAAGGGCAGGGAGGAACAAGAGGAGAGGACAUCUUGAUCACCGUACCCAUUGGCACCAUCGUCCGUGAGGUGUGGCGACACGACCCCGUGGCAGAGGAAGAGCUGGCAGACAAGAGGGCAAAGGCCAUGGGCGCCGACGCCGUCUUCGAUGAUCAACCAGGAGUCGUCGACAACACCCGCAAGUGGAGACGCGACAAGUGGCUGCUCUUCCCUGGAGCCAUGCCUCAGUCCUUCACAUCAGCCGACUUCCCUCCUCUACCACGUCCGAGAAGGUCGCAAAUUGCCAUGGCUCAGCCUCCUGCACCAAUACGUCUGGACCUCGAUGCGCCCAUGGAAGCUCCUCAACUGCUCGCUGCCGGCGCUAUGGGCGGUCUAGGCAAUCCGCAUUUCGUGACAAAGAGUAUCUUUCGUCCAAAGUACGGCACAAAGGGUGAUGAAGGCAUGAAGGUCGAGAUCCAACUCGAGCUCAAGCUUCUGGCUGACGUGGGUCUUGUCGGUCUGCCGAAUGCUGGAAAGAGUACUCUUCUUCGAGCAAUCACAAACAGUCGUGCCCGUAUCGGCAACUGGGCCUUCACAACCCUUCAGCCAAACAUCGGCACUGUCGUCCUUGAUAACCACAAGGGCCGUCCCCUAGUCGCAACAUCCGAACGCAAAACGGGCCAUCCUCGCACAAACUUUACCAUCGCUGAUAUUCCUGGUCUGAUUGAGGACGCCCAUCUCGACCGCGGUCUCGGUCUCGGUUUCCUCCGCCACAUCGAACGCGCCGGCAUUCUCGCCUUUGUCGUCGACCUCAGUGCCGGCGACGCCAUCCAAGCCCUCAAAGGCCUCUGGAAAGAAGUCGGCCAGUACGAACUCCUCCGCGACAAAGAAGUACACGCAGAAUCCGAACGUCGCAUCGAGCAAGACAAGGAAAUGGUGCGCUUCUCUCCCUUGGUAGAAGCUCAACCCGUAAACAUUUUCGAAGGCGAGAAUGUGCUUUUCAAUCCUGAUGGAUCGAGAGUCUUGCCUGAGCUCAAGCUCCCACCCAUUUCCUCAAAGCCGUGGUUGGUCAUUGCGACAAAGGCUGAUUUGCCAGAGACGAGGGAGAACUUUGCGGCGUUGCAGGAGUAUUUGAAAAAGGUUGCCGAGGGUGAAGAGGUACAUCCUAGUGGUAAGAAGAAUGCUUGGAAGAAGAAGCUUCAUGCUAUUCCUAUCAGUGCAAUCAAGGCACAAGGCGUUGAGAGGAUUACACCCAUUGUCGUUGAUCUCUUGGAGAACUGA